AUGACACUAACAGUGCACUAGCAAAAUAUUAUGGCCUCAGAUGCUAUUCUAAAUUUUAUAUUAAAUGUUUCCAAGCAAUAAAUCAAAUUAUCCUGUACACCUGUAACUAGCGAAAGUUUGUGAAUUUGUAUAAACGUUUUGCACCACAAUGUCUGAAUCAUAUGAAUUUUUAUUUAAAUUUUUGGUGAUUGGCAGUGCUGGGACUGGAAAGUCUAGCCUCCUAAAUAAUUUCAUUGGGAACAAAUUUAAGGAAGACAGAUGCCACACAAUCGGCGUUGAGUUCGGUUCCAAAAUAAUAAACAUUGGUGGUAAAUCUACAAAGUUGCAAAUAUGGGAUACUGCAGGCCAGGAACGCUUCCGUUCCGUUACAAGAUCUUACUAUCGGGGGGCGGCAGGAGCCCUACUUGUGUACGACAUUACAUCGCGGGACUCCUUCAACGCCCUCGCGAACUGGUUAAGAGAUGCUCGCACUCUAGCCAGCCCAAAUAUUGUCAUUCUCCUGGUUGGCAAUAAGAAGGAUGUGGAAGAAUCAAGAGAGGUCACAUUCACAGAAGCAAGUCAAUUUGCCCAAGAGAAUGAAUUAAUGUUCUUGGAGACCAGUGCAAAGACUGGGGAAAAUGUGGAGGAAGCAUUCUUAAGGUGCUCGAAAACAAUUUUGGCUAAGAUUGAAACUGGGGAACUGGAUCCAGAGAGGAUUGGCUCUGGAAUUCAGUACGGCACGGCGACAGCUAAGAGACUGGCACCUCCAAAUAGGCCGGCCAAGUCACGCUCGGACUGUGCCUGUCAUGUGUAAAAAGACUUUUCUAGGACUUAUGUAAGUAAAAUUAUCUGUGACAUAUUGUAAGUGAAAAUUAAUGUUUCAUCGUGUUUAGGAAUCUCAAUGUUUGACAUUUCUAUUUUAUUUAAUGUUAUUAUUUAUUGGCUCUCUUUGUGUUAUUAGAGUUGCACUAUUAGUUUAAGAUUACCCAGUUUAUUGUACUGUUGAAACUAUUUUGUCUAACACUAAUAUUUUAGUCCAUAAAAAAUAAAGAAGUGCACUAAGUUGUGCUAUUUUUAACUG